AAGCGAGACGUGCGUCCGUUAGCGGUCAGCUUACUUAACAGUACGCGCAAGUUUUAACUUUAACUUUUUGCUUCAAGCCUGCGAAUGCAUCGAUACUCCAAAGAAGAUUUGCUACGCAUCGGUUUACAACGUUACCACGAGAAAAAAAAUAAAGAGUUUAAUCCGUCUUAUCAAAAAAAGUGUCAGAGAUGUUUGAGGACAGGUCAUUUAAUAUAUGAGUGUAAGAAUGACCCUAAGUACCUCGUCAGGCCUUCUCGAAGCAAACUACUACAGAUGAGAGAUGUUAAAAAAUUAAAGAUGGCCGAUGAAGAUCAAGAAGCUGCGGGCUUAACCGAUUCUUCAAGGGAGAGCACCCAUUCAAAAACUUCUAGUGAAGAUGAAAAAAGUAGCGAAAGUAGCGACGGAAGCACCACUUCUUCUAGCGAUGAUGAAAGUGAUUCUAGUAGCAGCAGCAGCAAUUCUGGCGAGCCUAACAGCGCCACAAGUUCUGAAGAAAGUAGUAAUAGUGACGAUAGCAGUUCUUCUGGUAGUGAGUCCGACUCCAGCAGCUUCUCUUCAUCUUCGAUUCGUAAAUCUGUUCGUCUCGGUAAAAGUAAGAAAAAAAGAAAUACCUCUUAAGGGUUAAGAAAAAGAUGAAAGAAAAUUUAGAAAAUUUGAGCCAUAAAUUUUG